GUUGGCGGUGCUACUGUGUUCAUACUGAGUCUUUGGACGUUGGUCGAUCGUAGUUUCAUAAAUGAAUUAUUGGGCACAAAUCUCUUCUCAGGUGCAGUGUACGUUUUACUCGUUACUUCGAUUGUGAUUUGCUUGCUGGCGUUUUUGGGUUGCGUUGGCGCUGGCAAAGAGGUCAAGUGUCUUUUGUUAACAUAUUUCAUAAUAGUAGCACUGGUAUUUGUAACAAUGUUAAUUGGCGGCAUACUUGGCUAUGUGUUCCGUGAAAGAGUGCAGCAGACAAUGCGACAGGAAAUGCGCUCUACGAUGGCACUCUAUGGAAGCCGUCGUGAUAUAACACAAGCGUGGGAUCAGACACAGGAACGUCUACAGUGCUGCGGUGUUGAUACGUGGCAUGACUGGAAUCGUUAUGGUCCCAUACCAGAAUCAUGUUGUCAGGAAAUAUUUGCUGGACAACGCAGAGAGUGCACCAUCUUUCCCAGCGUAACAAAUCUCUACAAUCAAGGCUGCCUAUAUGUUGCAACAAACUUUAUUAGAGAUCAUGCUUCGGUUAUUGGAGGGACAGCCAUUGGUGUGGCAAUUAUAAUGAUAUUUGGCAUGAUAUUCUCGUGUUUGCUGUUUAAUAUGAUUGAGUAGCAUUAGUUUUUUUUUGUAAUUAUUAUUGAAUUUUGGUAUAUGAACUUUUAGUGCAUAUACUUAAAUAUCUGAAACGUACUUUCGUUAAAACCUCACACUAUCAACACAUAAUCAAACGAUCGACUCGAUAACAUUAUUCGUACAAAUUAAAUUAGAAUUAAGUCAAAAAUUUUAAUUUCACAGUGCAAUUUUGCUUUUAUAUUUGUUAAACUAAUAUUUUAUGUUAAAAUUAAUUCGAUAGUUGGUAAUUAAAGAACUGCAAUUCGAAAUGCACUUAAAAGUAUUAUAUUC